AUCAAAACAAAAUCCUCUAUUACUUCCCUCAAUCAAUAGCUUCAAAAAGUCAAUCUAAAUACCCCGACCUUACCAAAAUUUGCCAAAGCCGGCCCAACAUCAACUCAACUAUAUAUCAUUCUCAAGCCUAAACAUCCAAUCUCCAUAUAACUCCAACAACAUCUAUCUUUCCACAAAACAAGACCAACAAACCAACCCCAAAAAUGGCAUACACAACCCUCUACGAAGUCCCCCCCACCUACACCACCACCUACACCACCAUCACCGCCAACCCCCAACAACAACCACCACCAUCCUACCAAGCGCACCUCUCCUCAUCCAAACCCUCCAGCACAACCACCACCAAAUCCGUCUCCUCCUCAUCCUCCGUCUCCUCCUGGUACCAGCGCAUGAAGCUCGAGAACGAGAUCCGCCGCGCGAAUGAGAUCCGCUACGUGACGCCCGCGGAGGCCGAGCAGAUCACAGGGUACGGCAGCAGCUCCAGCAUGUGGUGUCCGAAGUCGAGGGGCCAGCAGAAGAAUAUUUAUGCGGGGUCGAUGCGGUCGAGGGAGGAGUUGAGGGUGAGGUAUGAUUUGGCGUGAGGGGAGGAGAAGGCGAGGGAAUGAGGAAUUUGAUACCACAAAAGUUUUUUUAUUGGGGAGGGUGACGGGCGAGGUUUGGACUGAAGAACUAAUUUAUGGCUGUUUUAACUACAAGCAUGCGAGAAGUUGGAAAAGGCUGCAAGAAGCGGCUGAUGUUUUGUAAUACCCUCAAAUUCGACU